AUACUGUAUUUACCGAGAACUAUAAAAGGAUGAGGAAAAUACAGUAUCGGGGCGAUUUCUUUGGAUUAAAUAAAAGACACAUCAACUACAUAUCAUCUCUUCCAUCAGAAAUCGUCACAAUCAGGAACACACCAGACGUGCAGGGCAAAUUGUGCUAAUAGUCUUCAAGCCGCAACAACAUGGUUAACCACAAACGGAUUCAAAGGUUUUCUUGGUGAAUUCGCUUGGUCAAAUGAUUCAAGUUGCACAAAUGAAGGUCCAGCAUUUCUAGAUCAUCUUUCAAAUCAUUCAAACGUUCGGAUGGGUUGGACUUGGUGCUGCGGUGGCCCAUGGUAUCCAUCGAAUUAUAUGUUUAUGCUUGAUCUCAUUAAUUUUACUGCACCAAUAAUUGAUCGUCAUCAAAUGGCAUUGUUAUUACAACAUUUAUGA